AUGAUUUUGUUUAAAAGAAAUGCUGAAUCUGUUUGUUUAUGUAAAAAUAAAAAUAAAGAAUAUUUAAUUUUAGCAAAUAUAAUUGAAAAAAAUGUUUCUAUAGAAAAUAUAAAUUCAUUUAAAGGAAUAGAAAUAAAAAGAUAUAGUAGUUCUAAUUUUAAGUUAGAAAAAAGAAAAAUUUCAAAAUUUGUUGAUUUAAUAGAUAAUUUUAAUAAUUAUAUAAAAAAAAAAAAAAUCAUUAAAAUAAAUGGUAUGUUCUGUUUUACAAUAUCAAAGAAAGACAAACAUAAAGAUGCUAUUUUGUGUAUAAUUUUAUCAUCUUUUUUUUUACUUUUUUUUUCUAUAAAAAAAUUAACUUUUUUACAUUUUACAACAUUAAAAGAAAAUUACAUUGAAAGUUUUAAAGAAAAUGACAUUUUUAAUUGGUUUGUUAUAAAUAAUAGAAAAGAAUUUUUCAGUUGUAUAUUAUUUAUACAAAGAAAAAGACAAGAACUAGAAAUUUACUUUUUAUAUGAUUAUAUUAAAAGUAAAGGAGUGAAAGGAUACAACAAAUAUUCUUUAUUUUUUAAUGAUUAUUUAAUUUGUAUAGAAAAAAUAAAAUAUAUAAAUAAUAAUCAAAAUGAAUCAGAAGGAAAAGAAAAUAAUAUUCCUAUAAAUAAAAAAAAUAAUAAUUCAAUUAAGAAAAAGAAAAAGAAGAAGAAGAAGAAGAUAAAAAAAAAGGAAAAUAUAAAUAUUCUUUGUCAAAAAAUAUAUGACGUUAAUAGAAAAAGUGAGAAUAAAAGUAAAGAUUUUUUGGAAAAUAAUAAAUUAAACAAUGUUCAUAGAAUAAAAUAUUUCAAAAAUCAUAAAAGUAAUAAAUCUAUUAAAAAAAAAAUCAUUAAUUUACAUAGGAAAUAUUAUUGUAAUAAUAAUUCUAAUUAUGUAAAGGAUAUGCUUAAAAGUAAAAAUAAUAAUAAUAAGGAUAUUAAAUUAAAAAAAAAGAAUAAUGAUAUUAUGAAAUCAAUAAAUACAAAAAAAAGCAUUACUUCAUUAAAUACUGCUGAAAUUUUAGAACAAAAUAUAUAUUAUGAUCAAAAAAGUGAGUAUCUAAAAAAAAAAAAAAAUAAAUUGAAAAAAGAAAAUGUAAAUCAAAGCUCUAUGAAAAAAAAUCUCAUAAAAGAAAAUUCAAAUAACUUAAGUUUAGAAAAUGUUAUACCUUAUACAGAAGAUGAAAAUCAAACAGUACUUGAUGAAUUCAUUAUAGAUACUUUAAAAAAAAAAUUUUCUUCUGUUUGUAUGCAUGGAAACAUUAAAAAAAAAGAUAUAAAUACUAUUAGAAAAAAAAAAAAUUAUUAUAAUUUAUUUUUAGUAACGAAAAAAUUGACUUUUUAUGUAUUUAAAUUAUAUUACUCGAAUUACAUUUUCGAGUAUUGUUAUUGUGUAAUCGAUUUAACAAAGGAUUAUUUAUAUAGUUAUCCCAUAUUAGAAAAUAACACAUUGGAGAUUUUUUAUAAUAAGAAAUAUAAUUAUAAAACUACAGAAUGUUAUGAUUAUUACGACUUAUCUAAUGAUGAUAUAAAAAUUAAAAAAAAUUAUUUUAAUUGCAAAAAAUUAAAAAAUAAUAUUUAUGUAUCUAUAUGUUUUCAUAAAAACAUUUUAGGAGUAGCUAGUAGUAAUGGAAAGCUUUAUUUUUAUAAAGUUACAACUAUCCAAGAAAAAUUGAUUUUCAGUUUUUUACAAAAAUGCAACUUCAAUUUUUCUUUAAUCUCAUUUAUAUGGUUAAAAAAAAAUGAAAAACAUAAAUUUUUAAUUACUGACAAUUGUAAUAAAAUUUACUUAGGUGAGCUUCUUUUUAAUGAUACUAAUAAUACUUAUUCUAUUGCCAUUUAUAAUUCUUUUAUAAAAUUAAGUGAAGAUAUAUUUUUUACUUUACCCAACGAAUUUUUUUGUAAAAAAAAAAAAUCUUUUGCUUGUUUUUUCUCUUUGAGUUAUUUCUUUUUAACCUUUUGCUUUUAUAAAAACAAAUUUUAUAUAAUUGUUUUAAAUUUAUAUUUGAAAUUUUUAAAGUAUCCUUUCUAUAAAAUUUAUUCAGAAUGCUUUAUUCAUAACAAUCAACUAUAUCUGUAUAGAAAUAACCGUUUUAUUACUCAUAGUAUACUUAAUCAGAAUAUUAAUUUAAUUGACAUUAUAGACACAAUUAAAAGGAAAAAGAAACCUUUUUUUCCAUUAUUAUAUAAAAGAAUAUUAGAAAAAAUAGAAAAAAAAAAUUUAAGUAAACCAAAAAUUCAAAGUCUUAAUUAUGAAUUUUUAGACAAAAAAAAAAAAUCUCUAGAAAUUAGAAAUAGUGAUUUUUCUUUUGUUUUAGUUAGAUGUUAUAUUUCUACCAAAAAAAAUUACCCAAAUAAAAUAAUUAAAAAUUUUGAAGAAUUAUUUGAAUCAGAUAUAUUAUUAAUAAAAAUUGAAAAAAAAUUUCAAAUUUUUCACAUUUUUAAAAAUUCAUUUGGAGCAUGUUUUUUUAAUCGUAGAGAAGUUAUCUUACUAAAAAGAAAUAUAUUUUUGGAUAAAUGUAAAACAGAUAAAAAAGAUUUUUAUUAUUCUCAUUUAAUUUUUUUCACAAUUUAUGAUAACUAUAUUUUAAAUGAAUCAAAUAAAUAUAUAAAACAUAAAGUUCAAAAUAUUUUUACUCAUUCUAUUUUCAAUAAUAUCCUUUUUCUUUGGUCAAAUAAAAAGGGAGGUAUCUUAUUUUACACCUUUUUAAAAAAUUAUAAAAAUAACAUUGAAAAGGUUUUAAAAUUAAAAAAUAUAUUCCGUGUAGUUAAAAAUAAAAAGAUUAGUGUUCCUAUUCAAUCUAUUCAAUGGAAGAAAAAAAAAAAUAAUAAUAAACAAAUAUCUCUUAUAAUAUUAACUCCAUUUUACCUUAUUAUUUUUUUUAUAAAUAAUUGCAAAAGUAAUAUAAUUAUUAUAGAUAAAAUUAUAAAAUUUGACUUUAGAAAGGCAUUUGGUAACGGAAUAAUAAUUGAAAGUUUGCAGAUAAAAAAAAAAGAAAAUUUGUUUGCUCUAUCUACCUGUAAUUGUAUAUAUAUUUUUAGCUACAACGACUUUUAUGAAAAAAUAUAUUUAAAAACUCUAAAAAAGUUAAGGUAUAAAAAAAAAAAGAAAAAAACCAAACAUUUUAUUUUAAAAAUAUCUUCUAAGUCUUUAACAUAUAUUAUACUUCAACAUAAUAACUACCCUUUAAUAAAUAAAAUAAAGUCACAUAAGAUUUCACAAACGAAUAUAUCAAAAGGAAAUACUAUCAAAGGAAAAAUAAUAGGAAGAAAUAAUUUAUUAAGUGGACUAGAAGAAAAAGAAAAAAAACUAAAAAGAUAUCCAAAUAUAAUACAUUAUAAAAAUUUAAUACAAAUUAAAAAAAAGUUACUUUUAGUUAUUUUAAAAAAGAAGAUUAAUUAUUUUAAAGCGAAUCAGCUUAACUAUAUAAAACAUUAUAAAAAAGUUAGCAAGUUUAAAAAGCAAUUCUAUUGUAAAAAGAGGAAUAAAAAUUAUAGGAUAAAAAAAAAUGCAUCAAUUAAAACCAAUGAUAGCUCUUUUUCAUGUAAACAUUAUAUUAAUAAUUUGAAUAUACUUCAAUGUAAAAUAGUAAAGUUAUUUGAAAACUUUUGUGAUAAAAAUUAUUUUACAGUAAGAACAAAUUAUAAACAGAAUUAUGCAAGAUAUAAUAAAGAAUCACUUUUAAACUUUUGUUAUAAUACUUGGUUAAGAAACUUAAAUAAAAAUACAAGAAAAUCAAUUGAAGAUAUUUUCCAUUUAUCAGAAUUUUCAAAUUCUCUACUAUUGAAAAAUAUUGUAGAGAAAAUGGAAAAAAAAAAAAAAAAAAAACAUUUCUUAUUUCAAAAUUAUUUUAAAAAAUCUAUGAAUUCUACCUAUAAAAUUGACAAUAAUUAUAAUGAGAAUAUUAUUCAACAAAUUACACUACAAACAGAAAAAGAAAAAGAAAAAAAAAAAAAAGAAUAUUGUAUAAAACCUCUAGGAUUAGUCGGAUAUUAUAGAUGUACAGAAGGAAGUAAAGAUAUUUUAAAUGAUGAAUCUGGUUGUAAUAGAACUGCAUUUAUUAGAAAUUACAAAGAAUCAAAUUCAGUAUGGUUUUAUAAAUUAAAAAAUAACGAACUUUUAAUUAAUGAAGAUAAAUGGGGAGAAAAAACAAAAGAAAAUUAUUGUCUAAAAUUAGGUGGAAAAUCAAACUUUUAUAUUGAAAUUAAAUCGGAUAAUUGUUUGGAACUUUUAGGUGGAAAUUAUAGUAUGAAUGAAAAAAGUAUAGAAAUAAAAAAAGAAAUUCACAAAAAUUUAUUGAACGAAAAUAGUGAAGGUUUUACAUUUGAGAUGUGGAUAGGAAUAAAAAAAAAAUUUUUAGAAGAAAAAUUUUCGAAGAAAAAUAAAAAAAAACGUAUUUGUUUAAUUCAAAAAGGAAAAAAUGAAUGGAAUAUUAAUUUAUUAAUUGAAAACGAAAAAUGCUAUUUUUUAAUAAAUUUCAAAAAUAAAAAAUAUCAAUUUGAUAAUUUUUAUGUUGACUAUUUAAAAAGUAUUAAAUUAAAUGAUUAUUAUUGGAGUAAUAUAUCCAUUGUAUUUAAUUUAACCAUUGAUCUUAUUUAUGUAAUUUUAUCAGGAUGUGAUAAUUAUUUUUUAAAUUUGUAUAAUAACUCUUAUAUAAUUUUUUAUAAUAAUUUAUUAUAUCCAACUAAUUUUUUUAUUGAUAAUAAUGAAAAAUUAUCUUUAUAUAUAGGUAUAAAAACAACUGAUGAAAAUAAAAAUAUUGGUGAUGAAGAUAAUAUUUUUUAUAAUAAUAAAAAUAAACUUAUAUCAAAUAAAAAUAAAAAACAUUUUAAAGAAUUCAUAUCCUUCUUAAUAACAGAUAUUAGAUUAUUUAUCAUAGGUCGUUCCGCUGAUAUGGUUAUUAAAGAAAGUAAAUCUAUACUAAUUGGUGAUUUUAAUUAUGAUAAAAAUAAAGAAAAUAUAAAGAACAUUAAAAUAAAAGAUAAAAAUGAGAUGAAUAAUAUUCACACUUAUAAAAUAGAUCCUUUAGUAGUUGACUCAAUGAAUGAUAUACCUUCACAUGAUAGUUUUGAUUCUUUCAAUUUUAACAGCAAAAAAAAGGAAGUAAAUAAUUAUGACAUAUUAUCAAAUCAUUCUAAUGACAACAAAAAAAAAAAAAAAAAUGAGGAAAUGAACAAAUAUGAUCAAUUAUCAACUUCAAAAGAAAAAAAAAAAAGUCCAAAAAAAAUAAACAACGAAAAAAUCAGUGAUAAAAAAGAUGAUUCACAAAAAAAAGAAAAAAAGUUAAAUCAUUUAAGUAACGAGAUGAAAUUGAAAAGUAAUAAAUUUAGUAAAAUUCUUCCCGAUAUAAAUGAGAAAGAAUACAAUUUUUUUAAGAUAAAUGAGGAAGAAAAAGAUAUUAAAGAUAAAUGUAGCAAGUUCAAUGAAGAAAUAGAAGAAAUGAAAAAGAAAUUUAAUCAGUUUAACGAUGAAAUAAAAGAAAAAGAAUUAAAAAAGGAUGAAAGGAUUAUUAACAAUAAUGACGAAUUUUUUAAUUUUGAUUCUGAAAAAAGUAAUGAUUCUAUAAAUGAGUUUUCUUAUGGAAAAUUAUCCUCUAAUAAAUCUGAUUCAUCUAAUGAAAAUUUUUUUAAAAAUAAAAAUAGUAACAAAAUUAAUAGAACAAAUAAAGAAAUAAAAAAAAAGUCAAAUAACAGCCUUUUUUCAUCCAGUUCACAUUCAGAUAUCAAUGAAAAAGAAAAUUUUUGUGAAGAAAAUUAUAAUAUAUUACAAGAAGAUAAAAGUUCUAAUGAAGAAACAAAAAAUAAAAGAUUAAGUUUCUUUGAAGAAAAAAAUGAUGAUAAAAAUAAUAAUGGGUUGAAUGGAAAUGAAGGAAAAUCGUUUAAUUAUAAUUUUUCUAAAAUUCAUGAAGUAAAUAAGUCAAUGUAUUUUCAUUUUUCUGAUAAUAAUAAUGAUAAAGAAGAUUUAUCUAAUAAAGAUGCAUAUUUGUUAGAUAAAAACAACCCUUUUAAAAAAAGAAAAAAUUCUUUCGAUAAAAGCAGUUCCUUUUUCGGUGAUACUUAUAAACAUAACAGAAAUGAUACUGAAUUAAGCAAAUUGCUCAGUGAAGAUUUAAAAAAUGAAAGUGAAAAUCGAAUUAAAUUAAAUGAAGAUUCAAAAGAAUGUUAUAAUGAAAAACAUAUUAGUACUAUUCUUAAUGAAUUUAAAGAUAAAUUAGAAAAUGAAUUAAUUGAUACUUUUAUUGAUAAAAUUAAAAAGAAACUACCUACCAUUAACAUAAAAAAAGAAGAAAUAUUAGAAAAUACUAAAAAUAAAGAUGAAAAUGAGGAAGAGAAGAAGAAAGAGGAAGAGAAAUUGGAUAUCAAUUAUAUAAAAGAUCAAUAUCAAAAGUUAUUAAAAAAAAAAGAAUUUUUAGGAAAAAAAAAAAUUCAUGAUGAAAAGAGAGAAGAGUUAAAAAAGUUUAAAAAUAAAUCACUAAAUGAAAAAGAAAUGGACGAUUUUAUAAAAGAACAUCAAUUAAUGAACAAUUAUUACAUAAAAAAAUAUAAAUACGAAAAUGAAGAUUCGUCUAAAACUAGUAGUAAAAGUGAUAAAUAUGAAGAAGAGAUAAAUUUAAAUUGUAAUAAUAAAAAAAUUACUCAUUUAACAAAAGACAAUGAUAAUUAUGUCAAAAAAAAAAAUAGUAACUCUGUGAAUUCAUAUAAAAGUGAUACUAAUGUUAAUGAAAAAUAUAAACUAAGCAGUUUUACCGAAAGUGAUAUAUAUUCUAAAGAAAAUAAUUGUAAAAUGAAAAAAAGAAAAAAAAAAAAAAAAAAGGAAAAGGAAAAGGAAAAAUUAGAUGAAAGAGAUAUAGCGUUUAGUAAAUAUAAAAAUUUUAAUGAAGAAAAAACAAAAUAUGAGAAGGAAAAAUUAAAUGAAUGUAAUAUGCUUUCAAAUAUAUAUGAAGAAAAAAAAAACGAAAAAGAGAAAAAAAUUGUAGAUGAUAAAUUUUCUACUUCAUUUGAAGAUACUAAAAAAAAGAAUAUAUAUGAAUUAGAUAAAAACAAUAAUAAAAAAAAUUUGAAAAACAUAAAUGAAAAUGAUACAACAAGCUUGAAUAAUUUAAUAAAUAAUAAUGAUAUAGAAGAAAAUAUAAAGAAAAAGGAAAUUGAUAAAAGUAAUAUAAUAAAUGAAGAAGAAAUAAAUAUAGGUAAAAUAUAUUAUAAAUAUAUCUUUCCUUUAACACCAUAUGAAUUUUUUACGAUUGAACAUUUUUAUAAAAAUGGAAUAAAUAUAGAAUUAAAAGAAUUCAGAAAUAAAAAUUAUUUGUUUAGUUCAAUAAAUACUACAUCAAGAAUAAUACCAAGAAAUCCUAUUAAUAUAAAAUAUAUAAAAUAUAAGGUUUUUUUAAUGAAGUCUUUACUUAAAAUUAGUUCAAAAUAUAUUAUGGAAAAGAAAUACAAAAAAGCCUUAAAAAGUUGUAUUAAGAAUGGAGAAUAUAUAAAAAAUUUUAUUAGAAGUUAUUGUGUUUUAAAAAAUAGAAUAAUAAAAAAUGAUCAUAAAUAUUUUGAAUUUUAUUUAAAUAUAGAGAAUACAUACUUUACAAUCGAUGAAUUAAAAAAUAUUUUAAAAAGUAAUGUUAGAAAUAUUACUAUUUGUAAAAUUCUAUUACUAAUCAAUGAAUAUAAACAUUAUAAAUAUAUAGAAAAUUCCUCUCUUAUUUUGAUAUUAUAUUCAAUUUUGUGUAGAAUUAUAGUAGAUAAAAAGUUACUUAACUAUAUUUUAAAAAAAUUUAUAUUAAAUUUAUUUAUAAGAGGAUGUUUUUUUUAUGUUCAAAAAAUCUGCGAGUUUUUUUUUUUACUUUUUCCUUAUGAAAAAAAUGAUUUAAUCAUAUCAGAACUAUAUGAGCUUUCUAAAAAUUCUUUUCUAAAAUAUUCUGUAUGUUAUAAAAGUAAUAAAUAUGCUUUAAUAAAUAAUUAUCAUUUAACUUUUGAAAAGUGUAUAAAAGAAUUUUCUCCUGAAUGGGGUUAUUACAUUUAUACUACAAGUAAUUUUAAUAUAUUUUCAUCCAGUAUUAAGUUUAAUGGAUUUUUAAAAAAAAAUCUUGAUUUUUCCUUGAUUUCGGAAGACAAGUAUGAAUUUUUACUUAAUAAAAAUUCUCCAUUUGUUGAUAAUAUAACUAGUAAUAAAACUUGCAGCACUAAUGAUAAUAAUAAUGAUAAUAAUAAUGAUAAUAAUAAUGAGAAUAAUAUUGAUAAUAUUGACAAUAUUGACAAUAUUGACAAUAAUAACAAUAUUGAUAAUAAUGUUAAUAAUAAUGUUAAUAUAUUAAAAAAUCAUUUAAAUUUAAAUAAUACAAAAACAUUAUUAAAAGUGAAUGAAUGUAACAAGAAAAAUUCAUUACAUAAUUAUUUAUUAAAUUAUGAAAAAAAAAAAAGAAAUUAUUAUAUUAUUGAUGAUAAUUUAAAGCAUAUUGAAUUUAGUAGAAAAAAAACAAAUUCUAAUUUAGAAAAAUUCCUUCAAAUGGAAAAUCAAAACAUACCUGAAGAUAAACAGUUAGAUUACCAUAUGAAUGAAAUUAAUCAUGAUACCUAUUUUAAUUCAUCUAAAUAUUCUUAUAAAAAUACACAUCUUUUAGGAUAUUGCCCACAUUGUAAUAACAUUUUUAAUUUUUUUACAAGAACUUGUAAUAUUUGCCAACGUUUUGUUCAUAUAUGUUAUUAUUUUUUUAUCUAUUGCACAUAUAAGUACCACUGUGAACUAUGCGGUGCAACUUAUUCCGAAAAGUGUCUAGAAAAAUUUAAAAAUGGCUUCACUUGCUUUUAUUGCGGUCUUUUUUUCGUAAGUAAAUAA